CCGGAAGGCUUUGGUUCUUUAUGGAAAUCACUGAAUCAUGAGCGUGUAGGGAUACGACGUCGUAGCUAAGAGAAAAGUUUCGGCUUUUCCGUCGUCCUCUUCAAUAACCAUCCAUUCCCAGGUUCCGGUCAGUGGGUCCAAUUUGAGUUGGAAGAUUCGUUGGGUUGACACAGAAGUCGUGCCUCUGGAGUUGAAGAGAGAAAGCGAGUGACUGGACAAAUUCAAAACGAGUUAUCGGGUCUGGAAGGGAAGAGGGAAUUAGGGUUCUGAGAAGAGAAGAAGCACUGUCCGAGAAUUCUGUAACGGCAUAGUGGAUACUGUGGAGAGGUUCGUUAGUGUUUCCUGAUUAGGGCAAAUGGCGGGAGCAACUUCCCCUUGCAUCUUCUGCCAGAUUUCCCGCAAUUCCACCUCUACUACUCUCCUUCAUUCUGAUGACAGGGUGGUUGCAUUUCAAGACAUAAAGCCAGCUGCUUUCAGGCAUUACUUGGUGAUUCCUGUGGAGCACAUUCCUACAGUUAAUGAUAUCCAGAGGAGAGAUGAAGAUUACUCUUUGGUAAGUCACAUGCUUAAUGUGGGCCAAAUGUUGUUGCAACGUGAUGCACCUCAUGCCAUAAAGUACAGAUAUGGCUUUCAUCAACCUCCAUUUAACAGUGUUGACCACUUGCAUCUCCAUUGUCUUGCACUCCCCUUCACUCCCCGAUGGAAACGUAUAAAAUACUUGUCUCUGGGGCCGAUGGGUGGGUUCAUUGAAGCUGGAAAGUUGUUGGAGAAGAUAAAGCCUUCAUAACUGGUUCUUUGGGAUCGUCUUUGUAUUUGGUCGUCUUUACUUAUCUAAGCUAUAAACCUUAAAACCUACUUUUAUCAUUCUUGGUCUCUGUUCGGGAAGGCAGACCACUUAUAUAAGUGCACUGCACGUCUCUCCUUCAAUAAAACCAUGGGAGUUUUCAUCAUUCUUGACGGUGGUUGGAACUUGGAACUGAGGGGCGAGGGAAGAGCCCUCUAGAGCAUUAACCGAUCGCAAAGAUUGUUCAAAUUGAGCUGAUUAGAUACCCUUUUAUUGAGGUAUACUGGUUCAGUCAUUGAUUUAUACCAUUGAUUCAACUUGGUGAUUGCAUCAGUUACAGUGUAGUUCUUUUUUUUUUUGAUCGUAGUCAUCCUUUUAGAUUACCAGCUUUUGGGCAACUAAUUUACAAUAGAUGUAUAUUGUUAAUUAUUUUGAAUCGUUGAGCAGAAAUGAAGAGAAACAAUUAUUUGAC